UCUUGGGGAAGUAGAUACUAUGUCGUGGACGUUUUGGAUAUGCCUGAAAGUACUUAUUACAUUUUGCCUGGCGUAUGAUAACAUUAUGAACACGGCUGUACAAUAUAGGCAACCACUGUACAGACAUGAUUUUGAUUCAAAUAACUUUCAACAAUCCUUUCAAAACGCCGUUUCGUUUCAAAUUAUAGAUAAUAUAAAAAAAGAAGAAAUUAUGAAUAUUUUGUCAACUUACCAUGAUCAAAUGGUUCCUUUAAAAAGCGAUCGUUCAGCUAAAUAUACCAAACAUUUACAAAAAAUCUACAUACCAGUAGAAAACAUUGAGAAAAAUAAUCAAAACCUUGAUCCUGUCCUCGAAUACAUGGACUGGAGAAAUGAACCAAUGCGUGACGAAGAAGAGGAAGAGGACUUGGCAUCAUGGAAAGAUUUCUUUGAGAAUUCAGUAUCAUGGACACCAUGUGAAACAUUUGUACAUGGAUUAUCAUUUAUACCAUUGAUAUUGCGGGAUACUGUAUUCAGGGAUUGGGCUGUUGAACAAGCAUGUCAGGAAAUAUUUUUUAGGUUUGUAGUUCCUCCAAUUACCAACGUGUUUGGUGUUGAUUAUAGGAAUUUGAAAUUCUAGAUUUGGAUAUAAGGAAACACUUGAAGCAUAUUUCAUCACAAGAAAAUGGACAUAUACGUGUCAAGAAAUAAGUAAAACAAUGAUUGAAAUAUAUGACAGCAUUUGUUUUCAAGGAAUUAUUGAUCUAGAACAAGCAUAUAUAUAUAUUUGUUAUAUCAGCACUUUAAUUCCAUUAUGGGUUGAUUUCUCUAGAUGCAUACGAUUAACACCAAAUCGUAGUGACUUCUAACACAACUUAAAGUGAUGAUUUGCUUUAUUUUUGACUUAUGUGACUUGUCAUUUUAAGAAAUGUAAGAAUAAAUUGAGUUAUUGUUCCUUCCUAGCAA